AGGUAGAUAAAGAAGGCUGCAUCCGAUAGUUCUUUCCAUGAGCAUCAGUCUGAGUUACCCAUCUCUCCCAUUCGCUGCGUUCAUCAUUAUGCCUGAAUGCUGUUCUGGGAACAGACAGAGCUCGUCCUUCUGUGGGUAAAACCAACUGAUCCUGGAACAGCCCGUCAUGCAAAUCCUGGCGCGUUCCAGCGCUCUGAUUGGUCAAACGCGCGUCACGAGACGCAGCACAGUUGAACUCCUGCACUGCUGAUCUCGUGCUGCUGUCUGUGCUCCGGAGAAAAUGAGUGAGUCUUUAGUUGUGUGUGAGGUGGAUGAAGAUCUGGUGAAAAAGUUGAGGGAUUUCCGCUUCAGGAAGGAAACCAACAAUGCUGCCAUCAUCAUGAAGAUUGAUAAAGACAAACAGCUGGUGAUUCUGGAGGAAGAGCAUGAGGAUAUUUCCCCUGAAGACCUGAAGAAUGAGCUACCCGAAAGACAGCCCAGAUUUGUAGUCUACAGCUAUAAAUACCAGCACGAUGAUGGGAGAGUGUCUUACCCCCUGUGUUUUAUCUUCUCCAGUCCUGUUGGAUGCAAACCUGAGCAACAGAUGAUGUAUGCUGGCAGCAAAAACAAACUUGUGCAGACGGUUGAGCUGACCAAGGUGUUUGAGAUCAGAAACACUGAAGAUCUGACUGAGGAAUGGCUCAGAGAGAAACUGGGCUUCUUCCGCUAAGAAUGGUCCAAACAAGCUAAUGCAGAUGUUUAAAAAGUAACCGAGAUGGGACCAUCACCUCCAAAAGGAGAGAAUACCAUAGUCCAUCAGAUUAUGUCUGUUUGUGUAUGUUUGAAUGCCUCUGCCCAAAUGCUAAACCUGCCUGUGCCAGAAAUUUGAGGUGCAAAGGAAAAGAAAAUUUGAAUGCAAUUUCAAAACUACUAUUAACUAUUCCUUGGAUUUUUAGAACCAUUCCAAUCUCAUCCCUGAGCAGUAAAAUAUUUAGAACCCUGCACAGGUGGCCAGUUCCUACUGUCUCGAGUUGGCUGUUAUGCUUCUGAUUUUAGGACAUCUCAAGCUAGCAUUUAUGAUAGUUGACAUAAGAGAUUGAAACAUUUUUAAAUGCUAUAAUCUAUAAUAAUGUUUAUGCCAGUUUUGAUGUAAAAUCAUGUGAAGUCCUGCUUUUACAAUUGCCAAGCAUUUUCUGUGUUUUUUUUUUGUUUUGUUUUUUUAUACGCAUUGAGUUGUCACUGGGAGGUAAAGGGGUUGGGAGUUCACUGAUAUUUUUGGAAGAUAGUGUUUGGUGAUGGUUUCCAGCCUUUUGUCUUGAGUGUCAUAAAAUCAUUCUAGUUUGCCUUUUCAAAUCUGUGCUUGCGGCUAGAUGAAAAAUUUGCUAAAGUUCUAGAAUCUUUCUCCUUUGGUUAAUUGGAUGAGGGUUCUGGGUUCUCCUUUUUCCUGAUUCACUGUCUUUGGAUGUCUUAGCCAGAGACCAGAGAACUCCACUGUCCCACCUCUCUGGAAUGUGUAGGUUUAGUUGUACAGCUUUUCAAAGUCCAAUUAAAAGCUGGAAUGAAGCUACUUUCACUAUAUACUUGAGUCCUUGCAAGUAUUGCUAUUUCCAUAUUUCUGUUAAAACAAUCUUUCUAUUGGCUAAAUUUGAACACUAUAAAUUGCUUAAAUGUUUACAGCUUCAAAGUGUAAUAUGAAACUAUGAACAGUUUGGGAAGUGAUGUUGUGGUUUUUAUAAGUAAUACCUCUGCAGAUCUCACAUUUUUCAGAAUCUGUGAGUUCUAAAGUGGGUCAGGCUCACUUGUGCAUCGUCUGUAGAACCUGUAACACCUGUGAUUAGUGCUGUUUCCUAUUAAACACUGAUUUCUCACUUUGGUGGUUUAUAAGAUGUGGACAUCACAUGAUAUGCCCCAUACAGUAGUGAACUGUGUAUGUGUUUAACAUCAGUUUUUCUCCACUAUGAGCUGUUCUAAUUUUUUAAUGACUGAAUUAGAUGCUUUUGUUUGCCCUGAAUGUUUAUAACUCAAGUUCUCAUUAUGUCUCAAAUAUGUCUGCUGUUCAUUUUGAAUAAUUAAAUGGAAAGAUUUUUUUCCUUUUAAAA